AUGGUUGAGAUUUUUGAUCCUAGCAAGGGCAGAUUCAUUGUACAAGACUUGGUUGGCGAAGUGUCUCUCGGUGCCGUGGAUGUUGAGUGCAUCUUGGCCUUCGAGAACCACGGACUGUCGGCAGUAGGUAUUCUCGGUGAGGAAGGUGAGGAUGUUAAAGAUCGAGUGCCGCCUCAAUUCCUGAGCAAGACCAUAGGUAACAUAGUCAUCGAUGUUCUGAUUGUGGACAUCACAAAAAAUAAAUCUGCCGACGACGAUUUCCUUCGGAGAGUUGUCCUCGUGUUGCUUGGAACAGUUCUUGCUCCCAUGUCGAGCAAGACUGUACCAAAGCAAUAUUACGCAUUGGUGGACGAUGUGAAGCGUAUAUCCAAGAUUAAUUGGAAUGCAUUCACCCUCCGGGUUCUGCUGGACUGCCUUCGCAACUACCUGUACUGGGAGAAGGUUCAGCCUCUGGAAGGUGAAUGCGCAUUCAAUCCUAGCUUGUCCAUGGAACCUCUAAUGAGGAAUUGGACUGAAGCUGCAGCCUCAAGGAGAGACAAGUUUGAUUAUGACCACGGCCGUGGCCGUGGUAACAUCAAGAUUGAAGACAACAUAACCAAGGAGUAUAGGGCGCAGGAGCGCAAAGUACCCGAACCAGAAAAGCCAAAAAUGAAGCCCGCCGUUGGUGCGGCAAAGAAGUCCAAGUUAGCCUCAAACGCGGACGAGAUGAUGAACCUCAUCAUGAAGCGGUGUAUGGAUUACAUACGCAGCCAAAUGAAGGAAAUACCGGAACAAGUAGCCGAGAGAUUGUUAGAGAAGUUGAACCAAAAUGGUGUGAGGUACAAGCCAGCGGCUGCUGCGGCUUCCGGCAACAACGACGCCGACCUAGAAGUGGAUUCCUUUGAGAAUGAGCCGGUGAUUGAUUUGACACAGCCUGACGAGCCUGUUGUAAACCAGAACAACGAUGAUGAGGAAAAAACACCUGCCAAGUUAAAUGUUGACAAGACAACGAAGCCUACUGAUGAGUGCGGCGCAACACCGGAGAACCCUUGGAUUGUAGGUAAUUCUCCUCGAGCAGAAUCGUCCGACAUUGACAUUUCUGCAAGUUCUAUCGACAGGAUGGUGGGUAAGAGCAAGGGGAAAAAGUCUGCAGCAACCGCAAAAGAAGACGAUGUUAUAUCCGGGAAGCGCCGACGGACUGUUCCCAAGAAAUUUGAAUCCCCCUUUAAACUUGACAAGCCCGGCAAGCGAAGCGCUCGCGCUCUGUUUAGUGACAAUGACAUGGAAGGCUCUGUUAAGGACGAUUUGACACCGGAACUCAUCGAUGCUGCUGUUGCGUUUGUGGAGGCAGCUGCUCGGUCUGAGAAGAAUAUGACAAAAAGAGUUUACUACAAUGAACGUGGCACCUCUGUGACUGUGGAGAGUAUACAACCGACACAUUUGGCUUUGCGCGUUGGUCAUGAUCGGCACCUCUGUCCAGCCUGGAGGUCCAAAUACCUUGUUGAUCGUGCUAAGGCACGAGACAACCCUAAACCGUCGAAAUACAACAUGGAUAGUGCGCUGAGCAGAGCUGGAGCAGUAUGUAGGGUUCUGGACGAGUAUACCGUCCGUGAUAAGUCGUUUAUCCCGUUGAACGUCGGCAAUACACACUGGAUCACCGUGGUGAUGCACAACCUCAAGAAAGAAUUCCGAGUUUUUGAUUCGCUCUAUCCUCUCGAGUUCUCUCUCGACACUGUCAAAGCACUGCGACUAGCAAUAGCAAUUGAUAUGGCAGAGGCAAACCUUAUUACACCUGGCAAAUAUCCAGACGUCACUAAGUGGCCUAUCAUACCUCAGAUCGACAUGCCACUACAAGAGGACGGGAACUCUUGUGGCCUUUUUGUGAUUGAAGUUAUGGAGCGUUGGGACGGGGAUCGAUGGACCGCAGAUUUUACCCAGGGCACGGUUAAUGCAAGGAGAAGGCGUCUCGUCGCCGAGUUGGUUCUCUCACCUACCAACACGCUCGAAUGUGUGAAGAACAAAAUCCGCGACAUCGCAAAGAAAAGCAAGGCGUGA